UAGCGAUAAAUUUACACCAAUUUCUACCUAUACGUGUGCACAUUAAUGUUGCACUAUUUUAUUUAAGCUGUUUACAUAUUUACAUUUACCGGUAUCAUAUAGAUUUAAAAUCCUAUGAUAAAAGUUAGGGCAAAUAAUUUCGACAGUAUUCAAACACAUGCAACGAUAGUUAACUAUACGUAAAGUGACAUAUACUUUAACCAAAUAGUUGAAUUUUUGUGAAAAGUUGGAAUUGCCGUAUAGCAACUAUUGAAGUGUUAAUAUAUAUUGAAACAUCAAAUGUCUUCGACGCCUAAGCAAGACCCGAAGGACAGGAGAGUGGUGGAUAAUUUAAUAAGGACUGGAAUAGUUAUAACAUGUAUCACACUGCCUUUGGGGUACUACAUAAUGCCAGAGCCAACAAUUCGUUUAGAAACAGCUUGGGAACGUAUUGUCUUCACGUUACGUUGGCAGACGUUGUCAAUGUUUACGCUCUUAUUCGCAUUGCAGCGCGUGAUGACUCUGCGGCAUACCACGGUCGCUAUCAACCCGAUAACCGGAAAUGGUGAAAAAUAUCUGGAGGUUGACAGCAGAUGCUUACAGAACACGUUCGAACAGUUUGUUGUUAAUGUAUUUGGACAGCUGGUUUUAGCGACGUUCCUUGAGGACAGUUUACAGAAGUUGAUACCCGUGCUUGUGCUCUAUUUUGUAGUUGCACGUGCUUUAUUUUAUUUUGGCUAUAGGCGGGAUCCAUUAAAACGCGCACUUGGAAUGAGCAUGUCACACGCACCAAAUUUAGGAGUUUACCUUUAUAUUGUUUACUGUUUGAUAUGCUAUGGACCUUUAUACGGAUUAAAGCCAUAACAAUAGAAACUUUAGGAUAAUAAGCCAUUGAAUAGAACUGAUAAACAUUUAUAGAGGGCCAUGUG